GGAUUUAAUACAACUAAAGGGAGAAGAAUUACACACCCCAACACAGAGAAAGACAAGGAAGGGAAACACCAUCCAAAAUGCUCUUCCUAGGCAAUCUCGUCUACGUCCUCUGCCUCCUCACAAACGCCCUCGCCAUCCUCUCCGACGACCGCUUCCUCGCACGCAUCGGCCUCUCCACCAGCACAUUCGACCCUGCCUUUGGCGCCGGCGCAGAUGCCAACAGCGUAAAGGCUAAACUUGUCGCGCUCAUUGCCAGUGUCCGCAUGGUUAUGCGACCGCCCUUGAUUAUAGUCAACACAUUGAUCAUCCUAUACGAGCUGGUGCUUGGCUAGACGAUAGGCUGAAACCCUGUACGAUAUUUCGAUUCCGAGCACCGCAUGCGCUCACAGUGGGCGGUUUCAUGGUAAUAGCGACAUUCCUCGAAUCUCGAGAGCAUAAGCAGGCUUCUAUGCGGGACAGCAAAACGGCGCAGCAUGCAAACGAAUGAUAUGAUUAUUGCGCGGGCGAUCUCUUGGAUUUAAUAGAUUUUGCAUGGGUUAUUCGCCAAGGGUGGUAGCUUUCAAGAUUUCAUAGAGCCCAACGCCAUGUCUUUAUGGAUACCUAUUGGGUAUCUUUGAAAAGAAAGACUUCACGAGAAGUGGUGUGGCUACAGCUAUAUGAUAUGAGCAACUGCGGCACUACGUCCUGUCUGGGGAAACACGGGGUGAUGCCUAAUGCUGGGGCUCGAGCACUUUGCAAUCUUGCGGCAUACAUUCUCUGCGUAACUCAUCUCAUACAUUAGUUAUUCUAAUUAUACUCCUCAUACCAC